AACAACUCUAUUAGAAAGUAGAAUUAGCAACUUUUACAUGAAUUUUCAAGUGGAUGAGAUUGGUCGAGUGGUCUCAGUUGGAGAUGAGAUUGCACGUGUUUAUGGGUUGAACGAGAUUCAAGCUAAGGAAAUGGUUGAAUUUUCCAACGGUGUGAAAGGAAUAGCCUUGAAUCUUGAGAAUGAGAAUGUAGGGAUUAUUGUCUUUGGUACUGAUACUGCUAUUAAAGAAGGAGAACUUGUCAAGCGCACUGGCUCUAUUGUGGAUGUCCCUGCGGGAAAGGCUAUGCUAGGGCGUGUGGUCGACGCCUUGGGAGUACCUAUUGAUGGAAGAGGGGCUCUAAGCGAUCACGAGUAAAUAUGUGUCGAAGUGAAAUCCCCUGGGAUUAUUGAACGUAAAUUUGUGCACGAGCCUAUGCAAACUGGGUUAAAAGCGGUAGAUAGCCUGGUUCCUAUAGGUCGUGGUCAACGAGAACUUAUAAUCAGGGACCGACAAACUGGAAAAACAGCUAUUGCUAUCGAUACCAUAUUAAACCAAAAGCAAAUGAACUCAAG